GAUAAACAAGUUCUCCGUUGACUAGUGUCGUUAACUUAACAUGUUCGUAAUGAUUUACGCCGUCGAUUUUGAUAAACCAUAUUUACGCGUUUGUUUUAAGAUUAAAAAAGAGUUGAGUAAUAUAUUCAUAUCUUUAGAACAAACGUUAGUCAUGGAGGAAUUUAAUUCGAACGGAUCAGUAGUUAACGGUACAGGAUCUAUGGAAGUUCCUCUAUCUAAUGCUGAAGUUAUAAGGGGACAAAUAUUUGAAGUGGGUCCUCGGUAUAUUAAACUCGCCUAUAUAGGUGAAGGAGCUUAUGGAAUGGUUGUGUCUGCGGAUGACACGCUAACAAGCCAAAGAGUUGCAAUAAAAAAAAUUUCGCCCUUUGAACACCAAACUUAUUGUCAAAGGACUCUCAGAGAAAUAACCAUAUUGACCAGAUUUAAACAUGAAAACAUUAUUGAUAUUCGAGAUAUUCUUCGAGUUGAUAGCAUAGACCAAAUGAGAGAUGUUUAUAUUGUACAGUGUUUGAUGGAGACUGAUUUGUAUAAACUACUUAAAACACAGACCUUCAGAUUUACUUUCAGAGAGCCUGAUAUGGAUGUUCCUCCUUAUUCUUUCUGUGAGCCUAACGUGAUAAGUCUCAACUAUACGAGCUUGAAUGUGUGGCAGCGCGUAUCGUUUUUGCUGUAAAUAUUCUGCUCUAAGUAGAAGGAAGAAUGUGUAACGUUAGUUCAGCAGCAUUGCAAGUGGCGAACUCCAAGGCCUGGUCUGACGGUAAACGACAUUGUUCUUGUCAAGGACGAAAAUCUACUCCCAAUGAGGUGGCCCUUUGGUGGAGUGCUUCAGCUAAUACCCGGAAGAGACCCUGUACUGAAACCAUCAUCAGGAAAGACAAGACGGGCAGUGAAAAAGUUGUGUAUGCUUCCCCUUAAAGACUCUGUUGAAAGCAUGGCUUCCAACGGAGGAAGCAUGCCGGUACGGACCCAGUAAACUGCCAGUAACAGGCGUCACUGGCUUUGACGGCCACCUUUGGAUCACACUUGUCUUCAUCUGGGAUUACCUCUCUAUGCCAAACCAGAAUUUCAACGAUCAGCAGUUGGACCGUCCUUCUUUUGAUUUCAUUAAUGUCAGCUUCGAAUAAGGAAAACAGCUUUAUUCGCGAUGCAUGUUUCGACAAGAAAACAUCAUUCGGCUUUGCCGUCCGCCAUGCAAUUUGAAGUUGAAUAAUGCCCUUACACUUACGUUUUUUAAGAAUAUGUUUGGAGUGAACCAGAAUCUUGUAAACUGUCGCUGUUAUUGAAACCUAAGAAAGCACGUCAACAAUUAGUUCCCCGUCCUAUGGCACUUGUUCAUACUUAUCUAGGUCAAUUGGCAAUGAACCUGACAAUCAUAUUAAAAUUUUCCUCAUGUUUGAAAUGACGAUAAAAGCGUCUGUUAUUUCGGGAGACAUUAUGCUGCAUGCUGCGCUAGCAGAAUUCCCAACAUUUGUGCUUCUGGUUUGUUUGGUCAACCCUAACUCCAUAUUUUCAUUUUAUAAAGAUUUUAUACAGGCUCUUUUUUAUUAAAGACUUUCAAUUUUUGGUCAUCAAAAAUUUAUUUUUAUAUUUGUCAUUUAUUUAUUUAUACUUUUCUGUCAUUAACAGUUAACUACAUAUUAAACUUUACGUAAUAUAAUUAUUAUUGAGGCAUGCAAAUUCUGCAAUAUUUUUGAGAAGAUCGAGUUUCAAAGGCCGAUAAAAUCGUUUGUUUUCGGAAUAAAAUUAUUCCCGUCUGCUGAAUAUAACACGCAGAGGCGUUACUGUCGUUGCAAAAAGAAACGAAUCGUCUUCAUUUGACUCAUUGAAUGCCUGUUUGUUUGUUUAUAUAGAUUAUUCAGUGCUUCCAUAAAAACCAUAAUUUAAUUUUAACUCAGCGGAUUCAAUUACUUAGUUCGUUUUCAUUGCCAUUGUAAUACCCUCACCUAAAUAAUUUAAUAUUCGAUUUAAACAUCUUGUAGGCUUACUUUGACUGAAUGGCACAGUACUUAUCCUUUUUGAGCCCAUGAUCAAUAAUAUGGCGCAGAGCCACCUCACUUCGUAAUGAUCUUCGCUUUAGCUUGGUAAAAGGCUAUUAUUUUUAAUACUGCAUAUAUUUAUACGACCCGAUCGUUGAGCCCAUUUUAACGUUCAUUACAAUAAUCCAGGGUUAUGUUUCUGAAGCCUGAUCUCGUCAAAAUGACCACAAAUUAAUUUCAGUAUUGCAUUCAGUUUUUUCAGUUGCGUGUGCCAUAUUUCUAGCAGGACCACGUUGUUAAUUGAGAGUCUGCUACCUAAACACAUACUCACCAAUUUGUAACAACUUUUUGAAACUAUUCAAAGUGGAAAUUUUAACUAUUGUCAGACCCCAACAUUGUCAGAGCACAACAUUUCUAGGGCUAACAAUAAACAAUAGAUACAACUGGGCAACCAACAUAGGCAAUGUGUACAGCCUCUGUAAACCAUCAUAAAACACAUUUCCUCCAAAAAAUACCACACCUCCUCCCUUAUCCAAAUAAUAAAUUCGAUAUUAAUCUAUAAAAUAGAUUGCCCACUUAAGGUACCGCCCAAAACACUUAACAAAUCGCAUAAAAAACAUCAAAACUCCAGGAGCUCUUAGAACAACACCAACUACCAACCUUAUAGUUGAAUCGCAAAUAAACACACAAGACAGAAUUCCUGACAUACAAACUUUCCAGCAAACUCUUACCCUCUUCCAACACACCCCUUAAAAAUCUCGUUACAACACCCAAUAAGAAAUUUAAAUACCCCAGAACUUAAGCUCAAUGUCCCCUUUUCAACAAUAACAAGAGUUCCAGUUCCCCAACUAUCAGAUACUUGUUACUCGGCUGGUUAUGAACAAAUAAAUAAGUCAGCAAUCUGUGUA